AGUACAAUUAGAAAACAAUGCAGAUUGGGUUUACGCCACAGUCUGUGACUCUUCUCCAGUGUGAAAACGUUUAAUAUUGGCGGGCCCACAUACUGUCUGUUAGACCAAAUGAAAUCUUAGAAUUUUAAAGCUUACUUUUAUCAUUGUUCUUGAGAUUUCCUGUUUCUGAUGAAGUCAUAAAAUAAUAUUUUAGUAUGUAACUUUUCUAAUCACAAUAAGCAGUAGCAGUCGAAUGAAAUGCUUUUCUUGGUAAAACAUGUUUGCAGAUGUUGCUAUGAAUAGUUCAUCUCUCCAGUUUUGUGGGAGCAGCCGCCAUAUUAGAUAUUGAUUUUAGAGUUGCUUAGGCUCUAACUUGGAAAGUUGGAUGUCUGGUUUCAGGAAAACAGUUUAAUUAAGUUAUUUUUAUUGGAAUAAAUAAGCCACACCUCCCUUUGUUGUUGUAGUUCUAGCUAAUCCUUCUAGCUUCUUUUGUUGCAAUAUUGAACCAUUAAAUUCAAAAGUACCCAUAAGCACCUUUGGCUAGGCCUGUGAGGUUAGAACUAGUUUGCCUGCUGUCAAUCAAGUCUCCACCCGCAGCUGUUCCCAAUCCAGAGCGCGAAUCAGGCUUUUGCAGCGGGUUUCCUCAGAGCAGCUCUGCCCGGUGCACCCACAGCUUCAGACGUUUUAGAUUUAGAUUUUAUUCCUGUCGUUGCUCCUGUGACAUGUCAUUUGUCGAGGACCCCGCUUGCCUCUCCAAAUCUCGCCUGGAGUCAGAUUUAGUUGCUCACAAUGUGGAGCUGCCACCUGCAGGGAGCAACAAGGAGGCUUAUGUGGCUCUGCACCUGAGACACGUGGACCAGACCAAUGCUGCGGAUUUCUCCAGUGAUGAUGAUCAGGAGCACAAUGUGGCAGGAGAGGAUCCAGAAGGAGAAAAGGAGCUUGACCCGAGUGCACUGACGGAUGAGGAUCUCAAGGCUUUGUUAUUCAAAUAUGGAGUUAAAGCUGGGCCCAUUUUAGCCUCCACCAGGGCAGUGUAUGAGAAGAAGCUCAGGCACCUUCUUCAGUCUGCUGCAGAGGGGGAAUUGAAUGAAGCCGAGAAUGCUGUGCUCUACUCCGACAGUGACGAGGAAGACGUGAGUGAAGGAAAUGAGGACGAGGAGAAAGAAUCGGAGGGAGAUCAAGAAAAAAAGUCUGAAACAUUGGAGCCGAACCAACAGCAGCGUAAGGAGAAAAAUGCGCCUCCUCAGAAGUGCGACUUUUCUUAUCCACAGUGUUUUGUCUUAUCAUCAAGACUGCGUCCUUGUCCUCCUAGAAACAAUGAACAUAGUUCCAAGAGGAAUUCAAAGAAUGCAUUAAAAUCAUCAGAGCGAACUCGACCACACCGCUCACAGAUUCCUGCAGGAAUUAGCAAAGUAUCCUCUAUAGCUCAACACUCAGGAUUAAGAUCAGGGGUUCCCUCUGGAUCUCAGUCAGUGGUGCCCAGUAGUUCCUCAUCAUUUUCCUCACAGGCUUUCAGCAUCACUCAGAUGGUUGAAAAGGAAAGUUGGAGCGCACCCCCUGCUUGCUCCCACAGUGAGCCGGAACAUUGGUCCCGCUCCAGCAGGCUUGACAAUGACAUUGAAGAAGGGGACAUAAUCAUGGGACAGUCGGUGUACUACACUCCCAAGGACUCCACUUCUGUAAAGGAAAUCAAGGAUCCAGUGAAAGAUAUUUUAAAGGACCUUCUUCCAGACACAAAGACAUCCCCGACAGGGAUUUAUGCCACUCCUCGGAGACCCAUCAAGGGUGCAGCUCAGCGGCCCAUCCAGUAUGCAUACCCCGACACUCCAGUCAGUCCCACAAUCGUGGAGAGACAAGACGUGGCGAGACGUCUUGUACCCGUCUACGUCCAGGUUUUGGUCUUCUUCGCUCUGGUGUGCAUCCUUCUCUUGAUAUUUGUUAAUGUUGAGAACACCAACAGUGUGGUAGCCUUGCUGGAAAAUGUAAACCAGGGGCCAGACGGUGAAGAGGGAAUCCCAGUUCUAGAUGAGGCAGCUGGUGGAGAUCUUUAACGGUUUUAUUUACCAAUCUAUGUUGACGUAAAGGUGUGAGCUUGCUGAUUUAAUGGCCAAGACUUGACCAUUGUUAUUAGUUAAGAAUCUGCCAGUCCAGUUCAACAUAUCUGAAUAUUUUUGCUUGACUUUAAUAUUAAAAUGCUAUUAUCACUGUGUUGGCCAUUGACAGAACACUUACUUAGGGGAAGGGAAGAUUUAUUCUUAAUUUAAAAUUGUAAUAUGUGUUGCCAAUUUAGAUUCUUUAAUUUGCAUUGUAUCACUUGUAUGUUUUUAUACUUGAUUGUUCAAUAAAAUGUAUUUUGCUUCAUAUUGUAAUUUUUUAAUGAAUUGACUUGGAGGGGAAAAUCAUUUUUAAUCACAUGAAGAUCUAAGACAUUAAAUAUUUCAAAAAUUCA